GGUAACAUGGUAAAUAGCAGACCAACCCAGUCCUGUAAGUACUUUCGAAUCACUAGAAAUUUAUAGUAAAUCAUACAGAUGUCAACAACUAUGCAACGACAUAUGUAUAAUCAUAAUACAUAAAAUAUUCGUUCUGAUCCAUUUAGAAUUUUAACUAGAAUGCCAGAUGGUACAGGGAUCUGUGCUACAAGACCUAUUUCAUUGCUUCAGAUAGCUCUCCUUCAAUUAGAUUUUCCUCUGUGCAAACUAUUGGAUGGCUGGAUGUGUGGAUGGAUGGAGGAAAACUUUAUAAAGAUCCGCACUAGCCGCGCUUCGCUUCACACCUGCUCGCAUCGCGAAGAGCUGCAAACCAGCGUCGGCGUUCGCAAAAGUUAUAAGACUCAGAAGUUCGACCGGCAACGGUGGUCGGAACUCGGUUUGGACUAUUAUGUAAGAUUAGGCAAUCUGCGAACACACAUCCACUUACAUCCACAGCCAUCCACUUACAUACUCGCCCAACUCCCCCACUUGGCGGCUGAUUCUAUUUGGCAAGUUGCACUUGAGUGAUUUUUCGGGCUUCCAAAAACAAAAAAAAAAAACGGAAAACCAACAAACCUUUUGAACAGCAUACAUACGUGCAAUAUGUAAAGCGGCCCAAAUGACGUAGCCGAGAAAACCCGACAAAAGCUGCCAACCAAAGAUCGCGCAAUAUCCAAAACCAUUAUCGAAAGUGAGACCGAGACAAAACCCUCCCAAAAGAAAACCGAACCGUUUUGUAGCGUUUUUUUGAUACUAACAUCGGAUCCGGAUCGUCAACUUUUAUGGCCAACGUCGCGAGGAUUUGCUAAGCACCCUGAAAUGGGCCAAGUUGUUCGGUGUCAGUUGGUCAAAGUGCGUGCCGAGCUGUGAACUGUGACCCGUGAUUCGUGGUACUGGGUGUGAGAAAAGCGCGUUAGAAAAUCCGAAAUACGUUGAGCUGGUCAGUGAUUAAACUGAUCUGGAACUGAGAGGUUAAGCGAUUUUAAAUCGAAGGAGUUUUUAAAUACGAGGUAAGUUUGGCUGCAUAUAUGGUUAAGAAUUUGAUAGAGAAGGCCCAAAAAUUAUAGACUGCUAUCAUUUUAAACAGGGUUUUUUAAAGGUAAAUUUCUGAUGACUUUAGUAAGGAUUUAGAUUUACCUUUACCUUUGCAUUCAAAGGUUUACUUGGGAAUCUACGUCAUAAUACUUAAAACUAACAAACAAAAUCAGAAUUCUUUAUUAGAGAAACUAUAAAGCCAUGUGUUGUAUGGUAUAGUUAACUAAGAUCCUACAAGGAUCCUGUUAAAUCAAUAUUAUCCGCCAGGAAAAACUAAGAAUGGCCUAAACCGUUUUGGCCCUCCGCCAUUAACGUGUUCGGAACCGUUAGGUAUUUGCAAUUAAUGCAGGCAGAGGAAAACGGCUCAAGGUCAGUUAAAUGCGAUUAACUAUAAUUAUAAAAGCCAAGUGUAGGAGCAAAAGCAGAAGAACAACAGCAACAAGACUGGCAAAUAAUGAAAGCCAAAAACCGAAACCAAAAACCCAACAAAACGAAGAAGCGGCAAUAACAGCAGCAGCAACUAUUGCACAACAGUGGCCAACAACAAGGCAGAAAAAAUAAAACAAAAACGAAAAAAAAAAAACAAUAAACAAACAUGAAACAAACACCUACAAGAAGUUGAAGUAAUUAUAACAACAAUUAAGCAAACGGCGUGCGUUUUUACAGCUAAGCGAAAAGGCAGCCAAGCAUUUUGAUGACUGAAGGGGUGAUUUCGGAGGGGGGCGGAUCACGUUGUUCAUUAAAAUGUAAUCCAAGUUUAAGCGCAGACUAAAAUCUUAGACAGGUGCGUUCUGCGUGGGCCAUAAUUAAACCAUCGCAACCGGUGACAGUUUUAUGGCUUUGACCUUAACGCCAGACAAACGGAGUUAGAAGAUGAUGUAUCCGAAGUGGUUAUUGUUCUGGCCACAGUUUCAACGACAUUGAAGGGGCUGGAACUAACAAGCUGAGGAGUCCAACGGAAGUAACAUUAUGGCUGAUAGCUGGAAUGAGAAAUAACUUCCAGAUGUGCAAGUAGUUCAAUUACAAUCUUAGAAUCUAAUAAUAAAACCUCAAAGAUAACCUUAAAUAAACAAUAAAAUAUCAAGUGGGAUUGAAACUGGACUAGGGUAUCCUACUUUUUAAAUCACAUUAUUGUAAUUGUCUAGAAGCUAAAAGUUAUAACAAAGGAACUUUAAAUUAUAAAACACCUAUGCCAAGUAGGCAUACUAAGUGAGCUUUGCUAGUAAGAAGCCAUAGAAUAAUAACCUCUAUCUUUAUGAUCUGCCAUAAAUCAAGUUAAGGGCAUCUCAUCUCCACGUUCUGCGAUCACUAAGAUCCGAGAUCUACUAGCCGUGCACAUUGGCCACAAUUAAUUUAUGAAGCACACACUUCCUUCCGGCGAGCACGCAUUUGGUGUAACCAACGGCAGACAACACUUGAGUGACCACUAGCAAGGUCAGCUUGUGGCAGCCUCAAGCAUGACGAUAGUUAUGAUUCGCAUUCCGAUUCGCAUUCCGAUACCCGUAUUGAAUGGUCCCCCAUGGGACUCCAGUUUCAUCUUUUGCAGCUGCCAGUCGGGUGACGGACAUGAAGAUGUGCAGAUUGCCCAAGCGAACGUGGCUGCUCCAGUCGAUGGUUCUGAUGCUGAUGCUGCUCAUGGAGUUGCAGCAGCACAUCAGUGCAUUGGAACAGAGCACGGACUACUCGGUGGUUAGCAAGACAGCAGGUGUGGCCACCACCACUUCGGCACCACCCACUCUAGUGCCACCACUGCGAAUUUUCAAAGGUCGCAUUCAGACAACCACUCCCUCCACUAGAAGUACUUCUGGCUCACGUCACUUGGCCACUGGAGCUGAAGCGCAACAGGAAUUGGUCGGGAUCUCCUCCAAAUCGUAUAUUUCCGGACCCACCACCACACCCUCGAAGUUGUCAAAGAGAGCAGGAUUGGCAGGACCUAAGAAAUUUCCCAAGGAUGUGCGCAAUCGCAGCAGUAAUGCAGUGGAGCGCAACAAGCUGCAGCAUGAAGUUCCCGAUCACGUGCCCGACUCCUCCGGCUACAUACCCCAUCGAAUUGGUCAUCCUGUGCACUUGGACUACGGAACUACGGGAGUGGACUCAAGUGGUGCGCCAACUGGCAGCGGUGGCUAUCAUGCGGCGCCCUAUGAGAACAGCAAGUGGCAGGAGGAGUACUGGGAUCAGGAGUAUGCAGGACAUCAGCAUCAACCCAAUGGCACCAGAGUUCAACAUAUCGAGGCGGAGUGUCAGGAUGACUAUAUGAAAAUACGGAUUGGAUUCAAUGGCUCCUUCAGUGGAUUACUGUAUUCCGCUGGCUAUGCCUAUGAUCCGGAUUGCAUGUACAUUAAUGGUUCUGGCAGGGAUUACUACGAAUUUUAUAUCCAAUUGAAUCGCUGUGGCACUUUGGGUAAAAAUUCCCUGCAAGAGGAAAGUCGCAAGAAUCCAACGAACUUUAUGUGGAACACGGUAACAGUUCAAUAUAACCCCUUGAUCGAAGAAGAGUACGAUGAGCACUUUAAGGUCACCUGCGAGUAUGGCUAUGAUUUCUGGAAAACCGUGACUUUUCCCUUUCUAGAUGUGGAAGUGGCUACUGGCAAUCCUGUGGUCUUCACGCUAAGUCCCCCCGAGUGCUACAUGGAGAUACAAAAUGGUUAUGGCAUUGGAGGCCCAAGGGUAACAGGUCCAGUGCGUGUCGGCGAUCCCCUGACCUUGAUCAUCUAUAUGCGGAGCAAAUAUGACGGCUUCGACAUAGUGGUCAACGAUUGUUAUGCCCACAAUGGCGCCAACAAGCGGAUACAGCUCAUCGAUCAGCACGGCUGUCCGGUGGAUGACAAGCUCAUCUCACGCUUCAGGGGCUCCUGGUCGGAUUCUGGAGUGUACGAGACGCAGGUGUAUGCGUACAUGAAGACCUUUCGGUUCACUGGAUCCCCGGCGCUCUAUAUCGAGUGCGAUGUGCGCAUGUGCCAUGGACGGUGUCCAAGCCAACCAUGUCACUGGAGGAAUCUGAAAGCUGUGACCAAGCGCGAUACCUCCAACAUGACAGCCACAAACCUCUCGAUUCCUCCACUAUCAGCCGAUGGCGAGGGACUGACCACAGAGAAUCCACCAGCCAAUUCCCUAUCCGAAAAUGUGAACCUUUUCCAGUCCCUGCGAGUUUUGCAGGAGGGUGAAACUGAUGGAGAUGAUGUGUAUGCCCAUCGGCAGACCAAACCCUUGUCGCCACAUCAAACAUGUUUAAAGACCAGCACAUUUUCGGCACUGACAGCCGGCUGUUCAGCGGUAUUGUGCGUGCUAACAGUUACUCUUUUCAUUGCCUGUUCGAGACUAAAACGUCGCAAGGAGUCCUCACUGUACGACUCCUAUAUUGCACACAAAGGACAAAUCGAUUGAUGAAACCCGAAUUGGCCAAGUGUUGGCCUUGUUCUGAGCACAUUGUGUAUAUAGCUUAUGGCCCACGAAAUUCUGUUUUAGUUAGAGCUAAGUUUGCUGUAGUCUUUUCUUUAGGUUUUGAGUGCUAGUUUUAAGUCUUGAUUUUGCCAUGGAAUGGCAAAAAAUCGUGUAUGGAAUGGAGAAGGGAUCCUGCGAUUUUCAAAAAUUAUAGACCUUUUAAAACCUUGGUUUCUCUAUAA